AUCGGGUCUCAAAGCCACGGGGGCGGUGCGCGGCAGCCGCCCAGGUGCCCCCGGCACGCCCUGCCAGCUCUCGGCAGCAGCUGCGGGAGCUCCCCUGCAGCGCCGCCGGCCCGCGCCUCUCGCUGCGCGCAACCCUUCCUGCCCCGGCGUGCUGCGCUGCCAGCCUGGGACCUCUCGGGGGCGGGCGGGAAAGGCGGCCCCGGGGGUGGUGUGUGCGAGCAGAGGGAGGGACGGGCCCGGCGAGCCCGCGCCAGCUCAGGCAGCGGCCGCCGAGCUGUGAACUUUCUCCUUGGUGCCCGGCGGCCGUCCCUGCCCCUGAUCCGCAGAGCCGGGCCCCGGGCGGCGAGAAAGGAUUCCCCGCGGGCAGCCGGGGCUGGGCCCGAGGCCACGCCGGCCUCCCCUGCGCCGCGAUGGACUCCGGCAGCGAGACUCAUGAGCUCAACGGGCGGGCGGAGGGCGACGAGCCGGUGGUCGUGGAGCGGCAGAGAAGAUCACGGUGGUUUCAGAGUGGUGGCCCCAUGAACAUCAACCACUAUGCAAACAAGAAGAGCGCUGCGGAGAGCAUGUUGGACAUUGCCCUGCUGAUGGCAAAUGCAUCCCAGCUGAAAGCUGUGAUGGAGCAAGGACCUUCCUUUUCCUUCUACGUCCCACUUAUUGUUCUUAUCAGCCUGUCCCUCACACUGCAAAUCCUGGUGGGAGUGCUCCUGAUCUUCCUUGUAAAAUAUGACCUCAACAACCCUGCAAAGCAUGGAAAGCUGGAUUUCCUCAACAACCUGACAACUGGACUAGUGUUCAUUAUCGUAGUUGUGAACAUUUUUAUCACUGCCUUUGGAGUGCAGAAGCCAGUUGCUGAGUCAACCUCGAGUCAGUAAGGACAAGAGACCGAAGCAUUCAUUCAAGAUGCCAUUUGCACUGGAGCCAGCUAUAAUUUGACACAGGGAGGAAAAAAAAAUCAUCUGAAGAAGCUGGACAGACUGAGCAAAACUCAGGUUUCCAACAACCAACACAUUUGUGUACCUAAACCUUUUCUAUGUGUUAGUGUUUGAACUGUUUGGCAUCUAAGGCAAGGCUGGGUUUGGCUCCAGGACACCUGUUUCCUGGAAUAGUACAUUUCAAUUUCUGUAGAAACGAAGAAUUUCUCAGAAAAGUAGCAUAAGCUACUCAAACAAAGUAUUAUCAACUGGUGGCACUUCACAGGGCUUCCCAUUUCCUGUGCCUUUUGGGUUUGUGGCCAUUUGGCCUUUCCAGUGUGGUGAGAAGUGUCAGGCUGUGUUCUGGCACGGGCACCAUGUCCUCUGCUUCGCUUGCUUGGCACCAGGGCACUGUGCCCCAUAGCACAGGAGUACUCUUCCUUUGCAGUGUGCAAACAGCUGUGCCUUGGAUUCUGCUGUGUUCCCCUCCAGCUAAAGCAACGAGACAAGCAGAAGCAGCACACUGCCUCUUGUGCAGUGCUGUUCACAGGCACUCCCGUGUCCUGUCUCUUUGCCUCUGGACCACACCUAACAUUUCCUGUCCAUACACACACAAACAACCCAACUGCUAAGAGGCUGGCACUCAGAACUGCUGUGCCUUGUGUUCUGUGCACUGUGGACGCCUGCAAACCCUGUUGGAAACAUGACCUGUUCUGGGUGCAACUGGAAAACUCAAGGGCACAGGGUGGACCUUCCUAGCUGUGCUGGUACUGCCUGCCUGGCAGCAAUCCAAGUGGCACAUGGAAAGAAGGUUUUGCCUCUGAAACUUUGCUUUUUCUGAAGGUUGAUGGCUGCAGUUGUGUUACUCCUGUGAGUUUAUGGCUGGAAAAGUAACUGAUUGUUGCAGUUUUAUUUUGAGAUAUGUAUAGAGAUAUAAAUACCUUCUAGGUUCUUACCUGCUGGCUCAGGGACUGACACUUUUUCUAAGCACACUAUUGCUAGUGCUGGUGAAGGCUGUAAAAACACCUACACCAAAAACAUUUCAGUCAGUUUAUGUCCAAAGCAGCACUUCUGCAGCCAGGAAAAAAAAAAUGCUCAUUUUCUGGAUUGUACUUACUUGUAGAAGCAGAUUUGUACUAAUGCAUUUCCUUACCAGUAAGUUUUAAAUGCUUCCUUGCACAUAUAUGCACAUAUGACCUUGUCUUCCAGUGUCUGCUCUCAUUUACAGUGUGCAUCAAUCCUGUUUCUGUUAUGUCUCAAGGCCCAUUGAUGUACCAUGGCUUCAUUUACAUCUUCUGUAAGGAACCAAAGCAGGAACUUGUGUGCUUGGUAAUGGAAUAGACAGUCUUGUUUCUUUUC